AUGAAUCAAAAUCUAAACUUUUUGUCGAAUUUACAAUUAGGCUUAGCUACAUAUAUUUCGCCGCAAUCUCAAAAUCGUACUCCAACUGCUGUAUUUCAAUUCGUUGAUGCCAAUACUUCGUUAGAUUUUGCUGUAAGCUAUAAACAUAGUGACAAAUAUUAUCCACAUCCUUAUACUCUUCAACCAGCAAAAUGGCGUGAAAUACAACAGAUAACAACUAACGAACAUUAUCCACAAGUCAUGUAA